GUCCUUCAGGCGAAAUGACAAGAAAAAGAGUGAGUCUUUGGUGGUUUGUGAUGUUGCUGAAGAUUUAGUGGAAAAGCUGAGAAAGUUUCGUUUUCGCAAAGAAACGAACAAUGCUGCCAUCAUAAUGAAGAUUGAUAAGGAUAAACGCCUGGUGGUACUGGAUGAAGAGCUCGAGGGCAUUUCACCGGAUGAACUUAAAGAUGAACUGCCUGAACGACAACCUCGAACCUUCAUUGUGUAUAGUUAUAAAUACCAACAUGAUGAUGGAAGAGUUUCAUAUCCUCUGUGCUUUAUUUUCUCCAGUCCUGUUGGAUGUAAGCCUGAACAACAGAUGAUGUAUGCUGGGAGUAAGAAUAAGUUAGUCCAAACAGCUGAACUAACCAAGGUAUUUGAAAUAAGAAACACCGAAGACCUAACUGAAGAAUGGUUACGUGAGAAACUUGGAUUUUUCCACUAAUGUGAACUUCUGUGUUUCUAAAGUAUUUAUGUAUUAACCUGACCAUACUGGAACCAGACAUAAAUACUUAUGCCUAAAAAUGCACUGUUACUUACAGUUUGUUUCCUGCAGUAAAAAAAAAUUCUUCGUUUGUUCAAAGUUUGAACAAAGGGGAAAUCAUCUUCAUAGUAAUGAAACUUUGUAAAGUGUUUCCUUAUAUUUGUAAUUGUUAGGUGGACUACUUCUCUCCAGGGACUUUUUGCACUCUUGUGACUAAUUUCUAUAACUUAUGGUUCAGAAUUUGUUACUAUUUACAGACACUAUUGGAAAGCGGGUAUUAGAUUGUGAUAGACAACCGUUGCCUCCUUUUGACAAAUACUGGAUAUUAGCAGUUUAUAUAUGAAAAUAGCGUAUUAUCACUUGUCAAAUCUUUGAAAUUAAUUUGGGGUAAAAGACUUGAAUGACCCAAUUUUGAGCCAUGAAAAGUAAUUUACUGUAGUAUAAUCUACAUUACAAGUACAUUUUUCAUCAGUUCAUGCCUUCUCUGGUUUCCUGUAUCUUUUUAAUCAAGUCCAGAAACUUUGUUCAUCAGCCGUUCAUUCUUAAGGUCUGGGAGUUAGAUGUUAUAAUAGUUAUGACUAUUAGGUUUUCUUCUUAAUAGAAAAUAGCAUCUUAGUCUUGGAAAUUGAUAGGUUGGAACUAAUCAAGGGCUUCAUUCCUGGUUGUGUCAUAGCUAGAUAGUUUUGGAUCUAGGUUGAUAACACUUUAAUUAUAAAGCACCUCUCAGUGUUGUCCUGUGAACACUAGUUACUUUAAGUGUGUUAAUACUGUGCCUUUGAUUUGUUAGCUUUAAAGUUAGUUUAAGACUUUUACACUGCCAGUAUUCCAGAUUUGGUGAAAUUAAUACUUUUGUAAAGGGUCCAAGUAAAACAAUUUUCUAAAUGUG